AAGAGCGGGAGGGGGUCGUCGUUCGAGAGCCUCCGAUUUUCUAAUGCGGGUCAGAACAGAACCAAAAGGAUCAGUUCGCGCGAUCUGCCCAUCGAGGCCCACUGGCACCUGCCCGAACCUGACAAGAAGAAGAAGUUCUCGCUGUCGAAGAUGAGCUUUCGGGCGGUGCAGGAGUCGCUGAAAGGGAUCCAGAAGAACAGCGCGUUCAGUAAUGUCUUUCAGCCGGCUCAUGACCCGAAACAUGAACACCUAGUGAGGUCUUUGAGGGAGUUGCUUUUAGCGUCUGACGAGCUUCCGGAGAGAUUUGAUGAGUAUCAUACCCUUUUACGUUUCCUUCGAAUGAGGAAUUUUGAUUUGAUGAAGUCAAAGCAAAUGUUCCUAAACAUGAUGAAGUGGCGUGAAGAAAAGGGUGUAGAUGCAAUUGCAAAGGAUUUCACAUACGAGGAGUAUGAAGCAGUUAAGAAAUGCUAUCCACAUGGGUUUCAUGGAGUCGAUAAAUACGGAAGGCCGCUAUAUAUUGAAAGGAUAGGGAUGGUUGAUCUUACCAGUCUACUGAAUAUAACAACAAUUGACCGCUACAUUAAAUAUCACAUUUCCGAACAAGAAAAGACAUUAAAUUUCAGAUUUCCUGCUUGCUCACUUGCGGCUAAGAGGCAUAUAGCCUCGGUUACUACUAUUCUGGAUGUCGAAGGAGUGGGUGCCCAUAGUUUCUCGAAGCCUGCUAGAGAAUUGUUUCUGGAAAUUCAGAAGAUUGAUAGCAGUUACUACCCCGAGACACUACAUAAAUUAUACAUUAUAAAUGCUGGGCCCGGGUUUAGAAUGCUUUGGAAAGCGCUAAAUACUUUCAUGGAGGCGCGCACAUUAUCAAAAAUACAGGUGUUAGGAGGCAAGUAUCAGAGCAAACUACUUGAAGCUGUAGAUCCAAGUAAUUUGCCAGAAUUUUUAGGUGGGAGCUGCAAAUGUUUGGAACACGGAGGCUGCCUGUUGAAAGACAAGGGACCGUGGACCAACCCAGAAAUCGGUAUACUCUUACAGGAAGUUUACAGUAAAGGUCCGAGGUCUGCUGAAGAACCAAGCAGUAAUGUGGCUGUCGAAGAAUCUGCAGAUCAACCCCAGAGUGGUGGUUCUAAUGGACAUCGAAAGCCCGACAAUAACAGUAGAAGGAUGUCACUAAAGGAUGCUCUCAUGUCAGACGAGGAUUACGAUGGAUUGGAGCAAAAUCAACAGAAGAGCUAUGUUUUCGACCAAAUAGUGCAGAAGGUUCUAGCGGUCGAAGGUUGCCUCGAGGAUACGAGGGAGAUGUUGCAAAGACUUGUGCGUAAGCAGCAGGAGUUAGAAGCUCAUAUAAAGGAGCUAAAGAAGCUGUCCUUGACGCCUCGAGUCACAUUUCCUUUUUUACUGUUUUACCCUCUGCCUCACCAAUUCCACCCGAGGACGGGGUCUAUUAGCAACAAUGAAACUACAGCGGUAGUAAGUUAAAAACAACGAUACGACAGGGGGUCUACACGCAAUUAUCCCUUUCUCUGCCUCAGAAUUCUUCUUCAGCCCUGAACAUCCUCUGAUU